CGCGGCUCUUUAGCACCUUUACGUUGGACAGUCGCUUUAUUUUUCUGUGGGUUCUUUCAGAAGUCACACACAAAGUUUGGCCACUCUAUCCAACUCCGUCCAGCAGCACUCAAGUUCUAUACGUCACUAUAAGCGCUGUGGAGGAAUAGACAUUAUUAUUGAGUACACCCGUGAAUUGUGAAGCAAUUUAAAUCAGUUAAUGGAGAAAACUCCGGCAAGUGAGACUGAAAGUGUGUGAAUGUGCGUCCCAGUGGAACAAAUAGCGUGUACAAAAAUUAACCAUUUCACUGAUUUUCACAUGAAGACAUUCCACAUGAGUUCCGCAAAAUUUCAUUGCCUCUCAAUUGCAAUUUGACCAAAUUUAACAACACUAUUUUCACACAUUUUGAUCACAGAAUUCAUUACUAACUCAGUGAAUAAGUGAAGUAUAUAGUGUUGUGUGUAAUUGUGCUUAUUUGGAGUUCUAACGACAAUUUUAGAAAAUAAGUUGUGAGAGAGAUUACAAAUUAAAUCUUGUGUAAGAGAGGUACAUCAUUGAAGUGAGUGAAUUGGAAGAGAAAAAAAUAACAAGAUUUCACUCAAGAUCACAAAAGAGGCCCAGUUAUGGACUCUACAGCUGUACAGAUUGAGACGGAGCUUUUUGGUGAGGUGCCUCCGGCGCGUCCAGAUACACAAUCAUCUCUGUCAACGAUCAAUAGUCUCGCAAAUGACAUUGAAUCGGCUCUUGUAACCGAGAUGAAUAACGCAAAUCUCUCCAAUGGCAAUGGAAUUGUUCGCAAUGGGCAUCAUCCCGAAAAACCUGCGGUUAUUGAAAUUUACGAUGAUAAUGAUACGUUCACCAACGAGAAGAAGAUGUCCACAUAUGCCGAUAUUAUGCAAAAGGCUCAUGCCGCUUUUGCGAGUGGCAAGACCCGAGAUGUAGACUUCAGGGAGAAACAACUGAAACAGCUUAUGAGACUCUACGAAGAGAAUCAGACAGAGAUGGAGACUGCACUUGCGGCAGAUUUACGACGUCACAAGCAAGAAUCGAAUAUUCUUGAGAUUGAGUUUCUCAAGAAUGAUCUCAAGAACACUCUGAUGCACUUGAGAGACUGGGCAAAGCCCGUGAAGCCAGAAAAGACCUUUGUGAAUAUGCUCGAUGGCGUGUACAUCUACAAGGAGCCUUUUGGAGUUGUAUUGGUUAUGGGUGCUUGGAAUUAUCCACUUCAGCUAACCCUCCUGCCCGUUGCAGCAGCAAUUGCAGCUGGAAAUUGUGUGGUCAUCAAACCCAGUGAAGUAUCACCCAACUGUGCAAAGUUUAUAGCUGACAAAGUACCUCGGUAUCUAGACAAUGAGUGCUUUCCUGUAAUUCUGGGUGGUGUGCAGGAAACCACAGAAUUACUAAAGGAAAAAUUCGACUAUAUCUUCUACACUGGAUCAACACGUGUUGGCAAGAUCGUUCAUGCGGCAGCUAAUGAAAAUCUAACACCGGUAACGUUGGAAUUGGGCGGAAAAAGUCCUUGCUACGUUGACAAUUCCUGCAAUAUUGCCUAUGCAACCCGGAGAAUUCUCUGGGGAAAACUCAUCAAUGCCGGACAGACGUGCAUUGCUCCCGACUAUUUGCUAUGCUCCAAGGAAGUUCAAGGAAAAUUCCUCGAAGAGGCUCGAAAAGUCCUUCAGGAAUGGUAUGGGAAGAACAGCAAAGAGAGCCCAGAUUUGUGCAGAAUUGUCAACACCAGGAACUAUCAGCGUCUCGUGGGUAUGCUGAAAUCGGCAAAUGUAGCCCUAGGAGGCAAUACAGAUGCCGAUGAACGAUUCAUUGAACCAACCAUCCUGAUUGAUGUUAAACCCACGGAUCCAAUAAUGCAAGAGGAAAUCUUUGGACCCAUUCUACCCAUUGUUAAUGUGGAAAACGCCUACGAUGCCAUCAAAUUCAUCAAUGCAAGGGAUAAACCUCUAGCGUUGUACAUCUUCUCAGAAAAGAAGGCAGAUUAUCAGUUAAUUAUAAACAAUACCUCAAGUGGUAGCAUCUGUGUCAAUGAUACAGUAAUGCAAAUUGGAGUUGAAACGUUGCCAUUUGGAGGAAUUGGCUUGAGUGGAAUGGGAUUCUACCAUGGGAAAUACUCCUUUGAUACAUUUUCGCACAUGAAAUCGUGCCUGGUGAAGAAUUUCAAUCCAAUUGGCGAGAAAUUAGCUUCAGGAAGAUACCCACCAUAUUCAGAAAGUAAGAUGCAAUUUCUGGCUUCGCUGAUGCGCAAGAGACGAGGAUUGCCAACAAAAUAUCUGUCCCAUUUGUUUGCCUUUGGAUUGGGAGUGGCAUUUGUUCUGAUAACAAAUGCCCUGAUGAAGGUAAAUUGGUCAUCAGCUAGUGGCACUAAUUGGUUAAUUUUCAAGAAAGCUUUAAACUUGUUCUUGCAGAGACCACACAACUAAAACAAAAGAAACUAUUGUAUCCCUUUUUGUCCUUUGCAAUAUUGUAACUAAAAAUUGCAACAUUGUAAAUGUAAACACGAUAAAACUUUGUAAGGAGAUCUGUUGUGAGAUUUAAGAUUAGAAUAAUCCGGGCGAUGGUUUUCACGCAUGCACAAGCUUCAUUUUUUUUUUAAUCAGAAUAUGUUUGUGGAAUAAAGCUAAGAAAAAUACCUGGUGUAUGCAAUUUUUAUCCAUUGGUUUUCAUCAAAAUUAUCCUCCGUUGUUGUGGAAUGAUUUGGGGCAUUAACAUUGGGCUUUUUCCGGUGGUUCCUCAUUGGUCAAAAAAUAUUUUUGCUGUGCGUGUUUUAUGCCCGGAAAGCGAUUUUGGCACUCUGAUUAACGAUUUUUUUUCUUUCAAUUUUCUUCCUUUCUAGGACGCAGAGCAGUAAGAGAAAAAUAGGAUUUUUCUUGCAUAUCUACACCAAUAAAUGUGAUUUUUAUACAAUUUACGUUUUGAAAAACAAUUUUUCAGGAUGAAUUUCUGAGAGAAAAAUCACUUGCUCCUAAAACAAAUUUCCAGCUCUUAUUUUAAGAGGAUCUGCGAAUUUAGAAGUUAAAUACUUCACAAAAUAAAAAAAAAAUAAUAUAUUUAGAGUUAGAACAAAGUUCCCAGUGAUGGAAUCUGAUCAAAAGAGCAUCUUAGAAGUUUUCAUUCUUAAAUUUAGGACCAUUUGGAAAUUUGUUAUGAAAGUGGAGAGUCUCUUGGAAAUUACAUCCUGUUCACAGGUGCAAAAGUUUUAUGUAAUUAUUUUUUUUUUACAAUUAUGGAUUAAUGUUUCACUGCGCGUAUGUAUGUUACUCUCGUGGUAUUUUUGAGCUAAAAUACAAUUGUAAUUUCAUAAAAAAUGAUUGCAAAAUAAAUAUUUCUCUAGAAA